AUGUCCUCCAAGCUCUUCCUCCUGAUACUGUUUGCUCUGUGCAUCUCAUCCCCUGUCUAUGCUCUUGGGGAUAGAUCCAAUUGUCCUGAUCAAUGGGCGGACCCGGCGCAUGAUAUCUGCAACCCUCUACGAUACAUCCCCAACAAAGCCCUCAACAUCCUCGCCGCUGCGCUAUUCUUCCUUGUGGCCAUAAUCCUAACCAUCUGGGCCUUCAAACGCAAGGCCAACUACUUUCUUGCCAUGGUAAUUGGAGCCUGGGCAGAGGGAGUCGGGUUUGUUCUUCGUGUCAUUCUCCGGAAGAAUGUUCACUCUGUCCCUCUCUAUGUUGUCUGCAAUCUCUUCAUCAUCCUGUCUCCUUGUGCGUUCUUGGCGGCCGAUUAUGUGUUGCUUGGGCGGCUAGUUCAGCAUCUCAACGCCCACGAGUGUAUCAGGCCGCUGAAGGCAAAGCGUAUAUCUCUCAUGUUCAUCAUGUCUGACGUGACCACGUUUAUCAUCCAAGCCAUCGGCGGCGCUUUGGCCGUCUCGCAAGACAAGGCAAGACUGGGCGGCCACAUCCUGCUUGCCGGUAUCGUUGCCCAGAUGGUCUCUUUCGUCUUCUUCACCAUUGUCUGCUUCCUCUUUGGGUUACGAGUCCGAUCUCAGGCCAAAGACAUCUGGACCACGCCGGGAUGGAAAGCUCUCUACUCUGCCCUCCUCUUCACCUGCAUCUGCUUCCUCAUCCGAAGCGUGUACCGUACUGUCGAGUUGGCCCAGGGUUAUGUCGGAUAUCUCGCGACUCAUGAGGCUUUCUUGUUGGGUCUUGAUUCGCUGCCUUUGCUGCUUGGAAUCGCUUCUUAUGCGUGGUUCUGGCCUGGGAGGUAUCUGCGUUUCGACCAAAGAAUGAAGGGGUUCGAAAAUGGUGUUGAGAUGCGCUGA